UCUCUCCAUUUAUCAUUCAUCAUUUAUCCCCCAAUUCAUUCCCUCGCUCUCUCUCUCUCACACUUUCUCUCUCCUCUUUUACCUCCAUCAAUGGACUCCUCCUCUUCCUCCGACGAUACCUCCAUAUUCUCCGGCGAAGAAUCACGGGAGACAUCUUCAUCAUCUUCAUCUUCUCCGGCGAUGAGUAGCGGAAGCUCCGGCGAGAUUCCUGAAACUGUCGUAAGAAUCUCCGGCGAAUCUCCGGAGAAUCUACGAGAUAAGUGCGUUGGAAGAAAUGAUAAAGUUAGUUAUGGAUUUACUUCUGUGAUUGGUCGGAGAGCUGAAAUGGAAGAUGCUGUUGCGGUUGUUCCAGGGUUUGUGUCGCGCACGUGCGCUCACGUGGGAGGAUGUACUGCUCCUUCUUCUAGAACGUCGAAUCAACUUUCUCCUAUUCAUUUCUUUGGUGUAUUUGAUGGACAUGGUGGUACUGAGGUUGCUGACUAUUGUGCCGAAAAGAUGCAUGAGGUUAUAGCAGAGGAGUUGAACAGGGAAAUUACUGAUGGAUCUGAGUGGCAGAACAAGUGGAAAGAAGCAUUCUCCAGUGGCUUUAAACGGGCUGAUGAUCAGGUUGUCUCAGAAGCUAGAGCUUCAGAGAUGGUCGGAUCCACUGCCGUUGUAGCAGUUGUUUCUGGUUGUCAGAUAAUCUUGUCUAAUUGUGGGGAUUCACGGGCUGUUCUUUGUAGGAGGACGCAGACUAUUCCUUUGACUGUUGAUCACAAGCCGGAUAGAGCAGAUGAAUUAUCAAGAAUCGAAGGAGAGGGUGGGAGAGUCAUAAACUGGCAUGGCGCUAGGGUGCUUGGAGUCCUUGCCAUGUCUCGAGCUAUAGGUGAUAGGUAUAUGAGCCCUUUCAUAAUUCCAGUCCCUGAGGUCACAUUCAUGACGAGAAGUGAUGAAGAUGAAUGUUUGAUCUUGGCCAGUGAUGGACUUUGGGAUGUCAUGUCAAAUGAGGAGGUAAGUGAGGUGGCCAGACGUAUCCUAAGGCGAAUGCGCAGGAUGGUAUCAGGUGAUACUUCUCCUGCACAAGCGGUUGCUGAUAAUCUCAGGCAGCGCGCUCUAAGUAAAAACAGUCCUGAUAACAUCUCAAUCAUCGUUGUUGAUCUAAAGUCGAGGAGAAGACAUCAGGCAAGGCAAUAAAUAGCCAGGGUAUUGCAUAUUAAUUUCUUUCGUUUCUUUGAGGUUGAGGUAUAUGAUAAUGAAAUAUCAGCAUGCACCAAUGAAGUAUUCUAGAUAUUCUAGGUAGCUCUCAUCAGCUAUUGUUUUCUACUGUACAAAGCUGACACUACUGAUGGGAUGAUGCUCCUAACAAUCAAAAAUUGUAUUACUGCAAACUCACUGGAUCAACCCUCUAUUUUAGUUGGUUUGAUCUGAAUUUCCAAAAUGGAAACGACGAAAAGAAAGAUAGGAAGAAGAAAAACAGACAGUUGAUGUUCUGUAGACUGUAAUGCUAUUGUUCUUGUUUGCAAUGGUAAGCCGAAGAUGUCGCCUUUGCUGCAAGCCAAUUAUUUUCAUGCUCAAGAAACUAGUUGAGUGGUUAAUUAAUCAAAACAUAUUGUUUGUGAUGGUCAA